GAAGUCGCCGCGUCCCGCCUCACAGAAGGAUGUACCAAUGAGCUGAGCGGAGGGGCUGCCUCCGCGCGGGGCGGUCGCUGAGGCGCCGGUGCUGCUAGACCGAGGCGGCAGCCGGUCACGACGUGGGGCGGCCAGCGAUGAAGCCGCCCAGUUCAUUGCAAACAAGUGAGUUUGACUCAUCAGAUGAAGAGCCUAUUGAAGAUGAACAGACUCCAAUUCAGAUAUCAUGGCUACCCCUGUCACGAGUGAAUUGUUCUCAGUUUCUUGGUUUGUGUGCUCUUCCAGGUUGUAAAUUUAAAAAUGUUAGAAGAAAUAUCCAAAAAGAUACAGAAGAACUAAAGAGCUAUGGUAUACAAGACAUAUUUGUUUUCUGCACCAGAGGGGAACUGUCAAAAUACAGAGUCCCAAACCUUUUGGACCUCUACCAUCAGUAUGGAAUUAUCACUCAUCAUCAUCCAAUCCCAGAUGGAGGGACUCCUAACAUAGCCAGCUGCUGUGAAAUAAUGGAGGAGCUCGCAAUCUGCCUUAAGAAUAACCGGAAAACCUUAAUACACUGUUAUGGAGGACUUGGAAGAUCUUGUCUUGCCGCUUGUCUCCUACUAUACCUGUCUGACACAGUUUCACCAGAGCAAGCCAUAGACAGCCUGAGAGACCUAAGAGGAUCUGGGGCAAUACAGACUAUAAAGCAAUAUAAUUAUCUUCAUGAGUUUCGGGACAAACUAGCCGCACAUCUAUCAUCAAGAGAUUCAUUAUCAAGAUCUAUAUCUAGAUAAAAAAGAAUUUCAAAUAACAUAUAUAUGACCAUGUCUGAAAUUUAAGAGCUAUUUAACAUAAUUUGUAUUGAAACAAAAUUUACUAGUGUUAUCAACUUGAAUGUAAAUGUGUACGUGCAAAUAUUCCUAAAGCUUUUAUUGACAAAUUUCAGUUGUAUCUCUUAUCUCUUCUAGAAGAUCGAAAAACUGCUAUAUAAUGUCUGAUAUGUACUGUCUCCUCUGGUAUGUUUUACUUAGAAAUAAUGCUGAAGUGAGCAUAUGGAAAAAUGUUUCACUGCCUAUUUUUAUUAUUUACCACACUUUUACCUCAUUUUAUGAUUUGUAACUACCAGGUGGAAUGAACAUAGUAAUAAAUGUAAAAAUGGGUAUGAGUACAAACUAAAA